CGUGUUCUUCUUUCUUCUCAAGGCUCAGUUUAUUAAACAAGUGAACCCAAGAAGUAAAUGAAAUUAAUCGUCAACAUUUGCUUCAAGGAGCUCUAUCCAAUGUUUCUUGACACACGGGGUCUCUGACAGAGGUGACAUCGGUCACAUGACCUGACUUGGAGACUACUCGCUUUGAAACCUCGCAAAUAGUUUAUGUGCGAUAAAUACAAAAGUCUGAUAAGUGCAGCAUAGAUUCUUCCCACAUACAAUUCACACACACACAUGGAGAGACAGACACACGGAGGGGAGACUUCCUGAAGAUUUGUAUUUUGCAAAAGAGUGCGCCUCACAGAAAUCCUGACUUUUGAGUCUUUUUCUCCCGUCUGUUGAAAACUGAAACGUAUACUCCAUUUUUUACACAUUGAGCAAGGUUUUGAAGCUGCAUAACGCGGAAAUAAAAAACAACAUAAUCACCAAUUGUGUUAACUAAGAAAGUGAUUUCACUUUCUGCUUGUAUAUCAAACUGACCUUUCAGAGGAAGUCUUGUGCAUCACAAAUACUUCCUGCGUCCCGAGGGAUAAAAUGCGACGAAGUGUUGGACUCAGCUGCACUUGUUAAUCUUCCUGCACUGGCGCUGUUCUAGUGAAGACUUCAGGAACCUGAGAUAAGCGGGUUGACACGGUCAUGUCUUUGUUGGCACAGCAACCGGAAGUUCAGGCCCCGCGUGUGUAGAACCAUUUUCACGCCGCGACUUUCACAAGGAAUAAGAAGGUUUCGCAUGAUUGAGAUCACGACCCUUGUACUUGUCGGGCUGGAGUUUGAACAGCCAGGCAUCACCGAGUUUAUGAUGCAGCUCGCGGUGCCGAUACAACAGUGAAACAUUUGCAUUUUGUACUGCAUCCAAAAGAUAAUGGGUUCAUUCUGUUUCAAGUCGGAGGAAUCUGAUGGUCUGGGGUUCCGACCCACAGCCACGGUGAAGCCUCAUGUCCGGCAGAGCGGAACGCUGCGGACGAACACACUGUGCACGUGCAGGGGACAGGACGUGGCUUCCCUCCGCAUCUCCUCACGAGCCAGGACCUUGCUGCGCAUCAGCAGCAACAGCAGCGGCAGGCCGGAGGAAGCGUGCGCACCAAGGGAGGCAGACGAGAUGGAGGGAAGAAUGGAGUAUGCCAACAUGUGCAGCCUGGACCUGUGGGACCCAGUGCAGCGGUCACUCUUGUCCAUGCUAAACGCCAAAGACAGUCUGGAAGCAGAAUUUGAGAAUAUUCCUCUCGGCUUGGAAAAACCUCACAAUAGCGGCUUGUCCAUGGAAAACCUCAACAAGAACAGAUUCAAAAGCAUUCUGCCGUAUGAAGAAACGAGAGUUGUUCUCCGAGAGUUCGGGGACUGCAACAGUAACGACUACAUCAACGCCAACUACAUCAGGGGUUACAAGCAAGAAAAAAAGUACAUCGCAGCACAGGGACCAAAGGAAAACACUACAACUGAUUUUUGGAGAAUGGUGUGGCAGGAGCGGAUAACUCACAUCGUCAUGCUCACCAACUGUGAGGAGGGCAAGAGAGAUAAGUGUGACGAGUACUGGCCCCCGGCGGGUGCUGGGAUGGAGCACGGAGCUUUCAUCAUCAUGGGUCUGGAGGUAGUCGACAGAGCUGACUACGAGAUCAGGACAUUUGAAAUAAACCAACAGGGUGAGAAACGUCGGGUGGUUCAGUACCACUAUGUCACGUGGGCAGACCACUCCACCCCUAAGGUGACGGACUUGGUGGACUUCUGGAGGCGAGUGAGGAUUGACUAUCACGUGAUGAACGAACACGGCAGCCCCUUGCUGGUGCACUGCAGUGCCGGAGUAGGUAGGACCGGGACCUUCAUCGCUCUCGACAUCCUCAUGGACCAGGCGCUGGAGGAAGGGGAGAUCAAUGUACCUCAGGUCGUCGUGGAGCUGAGAAAAGAUCGGUGUAACAUGGUGCAAGCUAAGGAUCAGUACCAGUUCGUGUACAAGGCGGUUCUAGAGGCGUACUCCGGGUACAGCAGCAGAGUCCUUCUAGACGGCUCUAACAUUGUCUUACCAUUCCUGAGUGAAUCGUUGUACGAACAAGUGGACGCCGAGUUACAGAUGCUGUUACAGAUGAAGAAACUGGACCGAAAACCAGUCUACACUUCGGCAAGGUCUGACGAGAACAUUAACAAGAAUAGAAACAUUGAAGUAUUGCCAGAUGAAAACUACCUUGUGUACCUGACCUGUCGGGUGGCAGACCGCAACCAAUAUAUCAAUGCCGUUUACCUGUCGUCGUUUGCAGACUGGAAUGGUUGGAUCCUCACUCAGCUCCCUCUGCCGGACACGGUUGUGGAUGUGUGGCGACUGGUGCAGGGGGCCGGCAUCACCACCAUCGUCUCCCUGGGACCUGAGGCCGACAGUCCAGAAAACGGCUGCUACUGGCCCCGCCAGAUGGAGGAACAAAGGCUGUUUGACUCUUUUGAGGUCUCCCUGGUUUCUCACGCGGAGUUUGGGGAAGAGGGUCACGUGUAUGACCUGACUCUAACCUAUGAGAAAGAACCUCCCCAGAAAGUUCGCCUCUAUCACCUGGGAAACUGGUCACAUGACCUACCCUGCACGACACCAGACGUCCUGAAGCUCGCCGAACUUCUGGCCGGCUCUGAGGAAGAGCAAGUGGUUCCCCCUGUACUAGUGCAGUGCAUUGAUGGAGCCUUCAGGAGCGGACUCUUCUGCGCCCUGUGUGACGUCAUCAGUCGCGUGAAGUACGACCGCGAGCUGGACGUGUACACAACGGUCCGCAAACUGCACGUGGUGCGACCCCAGAGCGUGGACACCCAGGUUCAGUACAGAUACUUGUACGAGGCUGUUGAGGAGUACAUCAGAGGUGAGGCCAUCUACGCCAACACCUGCAUGUGACACCUGCCGGCGAUUGCAGCUUCCAAGUCUUUUGAAGACUUCAUCUGUGUAUUUGUCUAUAUUUUGAUUUUAAGAAGACAGGCUAUGGACAGUCUCUGUAGUCUUCACAGGAACAUGAACAUAUUUCCGUCUGAACGAUCUUGGCAUAAAAACAUUUGGUUUACAUCGCAUGUCCCCAAAGAUGUUUGAGACCUCUAAACCUUUAGAGAACGAGAACAUUUAGAUGGAGAUAAGAACAAAACCUCAGGGCUCAGACAGGGCGACACAGAGCAACUUCAAGAUAAUGAUGGCAGAUUUUCACAGCAUGAUUGUAAUUCUGGGAACUAUUGGCCAAAACUGAUUAAAGGUAAAACUGUUUGAGGGGAAUUGCAGGGACCAGACAAGUGUUGACUGAUUCGCUGUCACAAACAUUUCAAAAGAAAAAAAUACCCACAGACGUAUAAGACUAAAGUUGAAGAAAUAACAGAUUGAAGACAGGAUAAAAGAGGCAUCAAAAUAAUAUUUGUCAUAGGUUACUGAGAGCUGUCAAUGUUUUAAAUGACAAUCAGGACCUCAAUCACUCGCUGUUGAGCUUACUUCAGUAAGCCAAUGACGAGCGGCGAUGAUUUUCUGCAUGGCUAUGUUAUGUAUGUAAAUAAGUAUUAGGACAUGCAAUGUUAAGCUAUGAACCUGUUGCAUCGAGAAGCUGGGUUUGUAAACAGUUUAGCAGUUUUUGAAAUAUUUUGGUCUUUAAAUUUUAUCCUGGUGAUCCAAGCAGCUGUAUAUAUAUAUAUUCAACUAACCCACCCAAGUCGUUUUUUUCCUUGAGAGCUACCGAGGCCGGGGAGGCAGUCCAUGAAAUACAGUAUUUUUUUUCCAAAAUAGGCUUUUAAUUUUCUAUUGUUUUUCUUAAUCAUAAAAUCCACAUCAGAGAUGAAUAAAUCAGUUUGAGUUGCA